GAGGGGAGGGCCGUCUGUACUAGGUGGGCCCUGCCGGCCUCAGGUGUGGAGGGCUGUCCUCUGAGCCCCGGGGCCUGGCCGCUGACCCCGCCCCGGUCCUGCAGUUUCUCCUCAGCCUAGCCGGUGAGGCUCCACUCCCUAAACUCCUCCUGUCCGGUCCUCCUCAAGCUGGUUAUUGCAGACCUCCUCCCCACGAUCUUUCUGCCUGCUCCCCUGAAUUCCGACUUCCUCCCUCCUGCCUGUGACUUGUGUUUCUUCCAAAGCCCAAUGAUGCCCUAUUCAUGACUGCUGGAAUCCAGAACUGGAGUAAACCUGAGAAGGGGAGGCCAGUGAAUGGCCCUAGUGGACGGAACAAGUGCCCCUGGCUAUAGCACCCAAUCACAGGAAUGGAGACACCUAUGGAAUCAGAGUACAUUGACCCAAGGCAGACCUUGUAGGACGCAGUAGCACAGCACACAGCAGGGGUGUCCACAAUGUCUGUGGAUGGUGAGAGUGAGAGGCCCAGGGACAGCCGGACCUGGAAGAGCAGGUGGUCCUUCCCAUUCAGCUUAGAAAGGCUCUUCUGUAUAAUGGAUGCUGAUUAGACUGCAGGUCGCCCUGGGAGCAAAUGUGUACCUCUGUGUGUGCUGGGCUGGAGCAGGGGUGUCCACAUGUAGGUCACAAAAGGAGGAGUAAUAUGUGAGCGUUGAGAAAGGCUGGAAGAACAGUAGGCUCACCACACACCCUGGCUCUUUUCCAGGACUACUGGGUCUAGGAUGCCAAUCCUAGCUAUCUGUGAGCCCUGGAAGAAGCUCAACAUGACCCUUUUUAUUUGGCCCCAGGUUCCAGAAGGAAGCUGAACCUAGCUCUUGUUCAGCCCAGGUGGGAUGACUAUUCAGGAUACUCAGUGGGACAUCAGGCUUAGGAGCUGGUGUGUCAGUCUGAGGUCCAGGCCGUAUUCCAGCCUGAGUGUCUCAGAGCUCUGCUGGUAACCAGGAUGUAACCAGGAUUCCCCUGAGGAGCCUGUUGCUGCCCUCUCCCAACCGGACACUGAGAUCACUCCAUCCGGCUCAGCCCCCACCCAGGUUGGGGGUGCUGUCUUACAGCCCCAACCCCACUUCCCACCCAAAUUCUCCUUCUUGGUUCCCCUCAGUCCUCCACCCAGGGACCCUAGGAAACCCUAGUAUUUAGAACCCCAGGGACCCUAGGAAACCCUCACAGAAGGAGACCGGAUGGCCCAAUCAGCCACACAUCAUCGUCUCAUUAAGAAGUCUGACCAAACAGAGGAAAGCACAUGGUCAUCCAGUUUCCCUGGCCCUCAAAUCCUGAGUGCCUGGCAGGAAAGGGGACAGAGGAGAUCGUAAAGGAGCAUGAUCAAGUCAGCUUGAGGGCAGGUAGACCAACCAAUCGCUGAGCCAGUAACUCUCGAUCUUUCGAUGGCGCCAUGCUCCCCCCCCCCAGCAUCUAAUACACAUUAUGAAACUGUCCUUGGAAGAUUAUGCACACAUACAGUUUCAAAGAAUUCAUGGAGUCCCUGAGUCCCAUCUGUGCAUCUCUGGGAAGUCCCUGAAGUUUUUACUAGUAAGGAAACCGGCCCAGAAAGGGAGGGUAGCUUGCCCAUAGCCCAUGUUCAUUUGUGGUAGCCUCUGAAAGUAUGGGAAUAGCAGAGGCUCAAAGCAACUGGCUUUGAUCCCCAUCGUACACACUGGAGGGAGGGGCUGUUUCCAGGAGGAGCUGGCACUGAGAGGAUUGUCAGGGCAGAUCCAACCAGGUUCUGGGCAGCUGUGCCUGGAGGUGCAAGCCCGUCAUAAAGCCUCCCCAGUACAAAAGGCCUACAGCCUGGCUCUCUCUGUGGCCUUGGACAGAUUGGCCUCCAGGUCACAGUAGGCAGCAGUGUGGGGUAGGGGGACCAGCACUGGCCUCUCUAUUCCCCUGCAGCAGCACUGCCCAAGCCCAGGCCUCACAAGACCCUGGUGGUGACUGGGGUGGGCAACAUGCUCCUCCUUGCUGUCCUCUUUGGGAUGCUCUGGGCACUGGCUAAUGGGUAAGCAGUCCACUGGGACUCCUCAAGCUAAGAUCCUCUCUAGCCCCAGGCCUGGGGACACCCUGGGCACCAGAAUGAUCUCCCUAGUGCUUCUCUCUCCAACCUUAUCCUCUUCCUUACUUCAGGGACCUUUCCUGUAAGUUAUCUCUUAUAGGAGUGGGGUCACAGGACAGGGCUUCCUGGUAACAAAGGGGACAUGGCAGCUGCUGUAGUUCCCUAUCCAUGGACAGGCGAUGGUGUGAGCAGACGGAGACGAUCCAUGUGGAGGAGGAAGUGGCCCCCCGUAAGGAGGAUCUGGUGCCCUGUGCCAGCCUCUACCACUAUACCCGCCUAGGCUGGCGGCUGGACCUGCCCAGGAGUGGCCACGAGGGGCUCUCCGGGCCUCCAGCACCUGGGCUCUGUCGCAUAUACAAACCUCCAGAAACUCGGCCUGCCACAUGGAACCGGACAGUGAGGGCUUGCUGUCCAGGCUGGGGGGGCGCUCAGUGUACGGAUGCCCUUAUGGAAGACAGCCCUGGUGGCCACUGCUUUGCCACAUGGCAGUGCCAGCCUCUGGGAGGUUCAGCUAAUACUUCAACAGAAAACCUGGAAGAGUGCUGUGCCAGACCUUGGGGACACAGCUGGUGGGACAGUGGCUCUCAGCUCUGCCUUAGCUGUUCCAGCCAACACUUUCCAGGCAAUGCUUCCUCUGCAGUCCUCUUGCAGCCCCUACCGGGGGCUGUGGGUCAGCUCUGGAGCCAGCACCAGCGUUUCUCAGCCACCUGUGCCACCUGGUCAGGCUUCCACUACCAUACUUUUGAUGGGCGCCACUACCACUUCCUGGGCCACUGCACCUAUCUGCUGGCAGGAGCUGCUGAUUCUACCUGGGCUGUCCACCUCAGGCCCAGGGACCACUGUUCACAACCUGAGCACUGUCAGCUGGUCCUGGUGAUAAUGGGCUCAGAGGAGGUGCAGAUCCAGGGUAGAGAUGUUUCUGUGAAGGGGCAGCUCAUCCCUGAUGGGGAGCCCCAGCUGCUCCAUGGGCUGAGCCUGCAGUGGCAGGGGGACUGGCUGGUGCUAUCCGGGGGCCUGGGGGUUGUUGUGCGGCUGGACAGGUCCAGUUCGGUGUCCAUCUCGGUGGACCAUGAGCACUCAGGACAGACGCAGGGCCUCUGUGGGCUCUACAAUGGCCGGCCCGAGGAUGACUUUUCCGAGCCAGGAGGGGGCCUGGCUAUGCUUGCUGCCACCUUUGGGAAUUCCUGGAAGCUCCCUAGCUCUGAGCCUGGGUGUCUGGAUGCAGUGGAGGUGGAUCAGGGCUGUGAGGGACCCCUGAAGGGCACAGAGGCAGGUAUGGAUGCUGGCCAGCUGCGAGCUGAAGCCCAGGAUGUAUGCCACCAGCUGUUGGAGAGUCCAUUCUGGCAGUGCCAUGCCCAGGUCUCCCCGGAUGAGUACCACGAGGCCUGCCUCUUUGCCUACUGUGCAGGGGCUGCUCUGGGGCGCCAGGAGGGGCGGCAGGAGGCUGUGUGUGCCACCUUUGCCAACUAUGCCCAGGCCUGUGCCAGGCGACGCAUCCACGUGCUCUGGAGGAAGCCUGGCUUCUGUGAGCGUCUCUGCCCCGGGGGUCAGCUCUACUCCGACUGCGUCUCCUCCUGCCCCCCCAGCUGCUCGGCAGUGGGCCAGGAAGAGGAAGGGUCCUGCAGGGAAGAGUGUGUGAGUGGCUGCGAGUGCCCACCUGGCCUCUUCUGGGAUGGUGCCCUCUGUGUUCCUGCCUCCAGAUGCCCCUGCUACCACCGGCGCCAGCGCUAUGCCCCUGGCGACACUGUGCACCAGCUGUGUAACCCGUGUGUGUGCCAGGAUGGCCACUGGCACUGUGCCCAGGCCUUGUGUCCUGCUGAGUGUGCAGUAGGUGGCGAUGGGCAUUACCUCACCUUUGAUGGGCGGAGCUUCUUCUUCCGGGGCCACUCAGGCUGCCACUACAGCCUGGUGCAGUCUCAGUGGGACUGGUGGUCUCUGAGGGUCACUCUGAUGGUCCCAUUCCAAUACAGGCCCUCCCACUCCUACCCGAGUCCUUCUGUUCUGGCAGCCCCAUCCAUCUACCUCCCCCCGCCACCCCAUCAUCAGGCUCCUUUUCCAGGAGCUGUGCUGGUGGACGGGCAGGAUGUGGGAUUGCCCUGGAUUGGCACUGCGGGCCUCAGCAUCUCCAGAGCCUCCUCCACCUUUCUGCUGCUACGCUGGCCAGGAGUCCAUGUCCUCUGGGGAGUGGCUGACCCUGCAGCCUACAUCACCCUGGCCCCCCACCAUGCCCACCAGGUCCAAGGUCUGUGUGGCACCUUCACUUGGAACCAGCAGGAUGACUUCCUGACACCAGCUGGGGAUGUGGAGACCAGCACUGCUGACUUUGCUAGCAGGUUCCAGGUGGCAGGCAAUGGAAAGUGCUCCUCUGGGGACAGUGUCCUGCUCUUCCCCUGCAGCACACACUCCCAGCACCUUGCUUUUGCAGAGGCAACCUGUGCCAUCCUGCAUGGCCCAGCCUUCCAGGACUGCCACAGGCUGGUGGACAGGGAGCCAUUCCAGCUGCGCUGCUUGGCGGCAGUGUGUGGCUGUGCCCCUGGCAGGGACUGCCUGUGUGCCGUGCUGUCUGCCUAUGCGCACCGCUGUGCCCAGGAGGGCGCCCUGCUGUCCUGGAGGAACCAGACUCUCUGCCCUGUCCUGUGUCCUGGUGGCCAAGAGUACCAGGAGUGCGCUCCAGUGUGUGGUCACCAUUGCGGAGAGCCAGAGGAUUGUAAGGAGCUGACCGGCUGUGUGGCUGGUUGUAACUGCCCCCCUGGCCUGCUGUGGGACCCUGAGGGCCAGUGUGUCCCCCCCAGUCUGUGCUCCUGCCAGCUUGGAGCCCAUCGUUACAGCCCUGGCAGUGUCACCAUGAAGGACUGCAAUCGCUGCAUCUGCCAGGAGAGGGGCCUCUGGAACUGUACCGCCCACCACUGCGCCCUGCAGCGUGCAUUCUGCCCUGGGGAACUUGUCCAUGCUCCUGGAGCCUGCCUCCUCACCUGUGACAGCCCCAGUGCCAACCACUCGUGCCCCAUGGGCAGCACUGAUGGCUGUGUCUGCCCUCCAGGCACCGUGCUGCUGGAUGAGCGCUGUGUGCCUCCUGAUCUCUGUCCCUGCCGUCACAGUGGGCAGUGGUACCCACCUAAUGCCACCAUCCAGGACAACUGCAACACUUGUGUGUGCCAGGGCCGACAGUGGCAUUGCACAGGCCAGCUGUGCAGUGGAUGGUGCCAGGCAUCGGGUGCCCCCCACUAUGUGACGUUUGAUGGGCUGACACUCACCUUCCCCGGAGCCUGCGAGUACCUGCUGGUUCGAGAGGCCAGUGGCCGCUUCAGCGUCUCUGCCCAGAACCUGCCCUGCGGGGCCAGCGGCCUCACCUGCACCAAGACACUGGCCGUGCGUCUGGAGGGCACUACUGUGCACAUGCUCAGAGGCCGGGCAGUGACGGUGAACGGGGUGAGUGUAACACCCCCCAAGGCCUACACAGGCCCAGGGAUAAGUCUGCACCGUGCAGGCCUCUUCCUGCUGCUGACCACACGCCUGGGCCUCACCCUGCUCUGGGACGGAGGCACCCGGGUCCUGAUACAGCUGUCCCCACACUUCCGUGGUCGUGUGGCUGGGCUAUGUGGAGACUUUGAUGGAGAUGCCAGUAAUGACCUGCGGAGUCGCCAAGGAGUCCUGGAGCCCACAGCUGAGCUGGCUGCCCACUCCUGGCGCCUCAGUGCGCUCUGCCCCGAGCCAGGAGACCCGCCACACCCCUGCACGGUAAACACACACCGCGCAGCCUGGGCCCGUGCCCGCUGCGGAGUGAUGCUCCAGCAGCUCUUCGUCCCAUGCCACACAGAGGUGCCCCCACAGCAGCACUACGAGUGGUGUGUGUACGACACCUGUGGCUGCGAUUCAGGGGGCGACUGUGAGUGCCUGUGCUCUGCCAUUGCCGCCUACGCAGACGAGUGCGCCCGGCAUGGGCACCAUGUGCGCUGGCGCAGCCAGGAGCUCUGCCCCCUGCAGUGUGAAGGGGGACAAGUAUAUGAGGCCUGUGGCCCCACCUGUCCUCCCGCCUGCCCUACCCACCAUGCUGAGCCUGCAUGGCACUGCCGGGCCAUUGCCUGUGUGGAGGGCUGCUUUUGCCCCGAAGGGACUCUGCUGCAUGGAGGAAUCUGCAUGGAGCCAUCUGCCUGUCCCUGUGAGUGGGGUGGCAGCUUCUUCCCACCGGGGACUGUGCUGCAGAAGGACUGUGGGAACUGCACUUGCCAGGAAAGCCAGUGGCAUUGUGGGGGUGACAGUGCCCCCUGCGAGGAGCUGGUGCCUGACUGUGCCGAAGGAGAGUCUCCCUGCCAGGGAAGUGGGCACUGUAUUCCACAUGAGUGGCUUUGUGACAACCAGGACGACUGUGGCGAUGGCUCAGAUGAGGAGGGUUGCGCCACCCCAGGCUGUGUGGAGGGACAGAUGUCAUGCCGCUCCGGCCACUGUCUGCCCCUGUCCCUGCUCUGUGAUGGGCAGGAUGACUGUGGAGAUGGCACAGAUGAACAGGGCUGCCCAUGUCCCCAUGACUCGCUGGCCUGUGCUGAUGGGCGCUGCCUGCCCCUCACCCUGCUGUGUGAUGGGCAUCCUGACUGUCCAGACGCCGCUGAUGAGGAGUCCUGUUUGGGGCAGGUGAACUGCAUCCCUGGGGAAGUGUCCUGUAUGGACGGCACUUGUGUGGGGACCAUCCAGCUGUGUGAUGGAGUUUGGGACUGCCCAGAUGGAGCCGACGAGGGUCCUGGAUACUGCCCGCUGCCCUCUCUGCCUGUGCCCCCAGCUAGCACCAUGCCUGGCCCCUCUACUGGCUCCCUGGAAGGUGCCUCAAGUCCACUGGGCAGUGCCAGCCCUGCACGGAGCUGCGGCCCCUUGGAGUUUCCGUGCGGCAGCGGAGAGUGCACCCCGCGGGGCUGGCGCUGCGACCAGGAGGAGGACUGCGCCGAUGGCAGCGACGAGCUGGGCUGCGGUGGGCCUUGCGCUCUGCACCACGCGCCCUGCGCCCGCGGCUCACACUGCGUGUCCCCCGGGGAACUGUGCGACGGCGUGCCGCAGUGCCCCGACGGCUCUGACGAGGGCCCAGACGCCUGCGGUUCCACCCAGCCUCCCCUGUGCCAUGGCCUCUUGCCCUGUGGUUUGGCUCCCUGGCUGUGCCUGAACCCUGAGCAGCACUGCAAUGGGGUCCCCGACUGUCCCCAGGGCGAGGAUGAGCUGGACUGUGAGGGACUGCCACCCCCAGGAAGUCUCAACAGGACAGAAUUUCCCUGCCCAGAAUAUUCCUGCCCCAAUGGCGACUGCCUUGGUUUUCACCUGGUGUGUGAUGGGCAGCCCAACUGUGAGUUGGUAGGAGAGGCAGGACUCUCCCCAGAAGAACAGGGCUGUGGGACCUGGGGUCCCUGGAGCCCAUGGGGGCCGUGCAGCCAGACCUGUGGGCUGGGGGUGCAGAGCCAAAGCCGCAGCUGUUCCCCAUCCGGGCUGCUGGUGCUGCAGCACUGCCCAGGCCCCGCCAACCAGUCACAGGCCUGCUUUACCAAGGCCUGCCCAGUGGAUGGUGAAUGGAGCUCCUGGUCCUCCUGGUCUCUGUGCUCUGAGCCUUGUGGGGGCACCAGGACAAGGCAGCGACAGUGCCACCCACCCCAGAAUGGAGGCCAAGCCUGUGCCCUUCUGCCCGGGGGCCCUCACAGCACCCAUCAGACUGAGCCCUGCCCUCAGGAUGGCUGUCCCAAUGCCACCUGCUCUGGGGAGCUGGUGUUCCAGCCUUGUGCCCCCUGCCCUCUGACCUGCGAUGACAUCUCUGGCCAGGCUAUCUGCUCACCCCGCAGGCCCUGCAGCAGCCCAGGCUGUUGGUGCCCAGAAGGGCAGGUGCUGGGCAGUGAGGGGCAGUGUGUGUGGCCCCGGCAGUGCCCCUGCCUGGUGGAUGGUGCCCGCUACUGGCCUGGGCAGCAUAUCAAAGCCAACUGCCAGCUCUGUGUCUGCCAAGAUGGGCGGCCCCGGCGCUGCCGGCCCAACCCAGACUGUGCCAUAAACUGUGGCUGGUCCUCCUGGUCCCCCUGGGCCGAGUGCCUGGGCCCCUGUGGGAGCCAGAGCAUCCAGUGGUCCUUCCGGAGCCCCAACAACCCCCGCCUCUCCGGCCGAGGUCGCCAGUGCCGCGGCAUCCACCGCAAGGCUCGCAGGUGCCAGACGCAGCCUUGUGAGGGCUGUGAGCAGCAGGGCCACACACACCAGGUCGGGGAGCGCUGGCGUGGGGGCCCCUGCAAGGUAUGCCAGUGUCUGCAUAUGGGCACCGUGCACUGCUCCCCCUAUUGCCCGCUGGGCAGCUGUCCCCAGGGUUGGAUCCUGGUGGAGGGAGUAGGAGAAUCGUGUUGCCACUGUGCCCUGCCUGCAGAGAAUCAAACUGUGCCUCCAACAGCCACUCCUGCCCCUGCUCCAGCCCCCAGUCCCCAGACGGGUCCCCCUCUGGUCACCUAUGUUCUGCCUCCCCUAGGAGAUGCCUGCUACUCUCCCCUGGGCCUGGCUCUGCCCCCGGGGAGUCUGUGGACAUGGUCAAGGCAGCUGGAGCCCCCUACCUGGGCUGCCCUCCUGGGGGCUCCCACCAAAGGGCCUGGCCCCAGAGCGGGUGCUUAUGCUGAGUGGCACAGCGGGCCACCCUUCCUGCAACUGGACCUGCUCCAGCCCCGGAACCUCACUGGCGUCAUCGUGUGGGGGCCCACCUCCUCCAGCCCACCUGGCAGCAGCUUCUCGCUUCAGUUCGGCACUGAUGGUCUACACUGGCAGGACUACCGUGACAUCCUGCCUGGCACCUUGUCCCCACCCAAGUCUUUCCCCAGGAACUGGGAAGAUGUGGCCUCCAAGGUGUGGGCCUUCAGCCGGAUGGUGCAGGCAAGGUACAUCAGGGUGUGGCCACACAGUGUCCCCCACAGCGACAGGCAGCCUGGCUUCUUCCUGUGGGUGGAGCUCCUGGGCUGUGAACCAGUGUCCCCACCAGUACCCCCGUGCCCAGGGGCUGGGCACCGCUGUGCCAACGGUGACUGUGCUCUGCGAGGGGUGCCAUGUGACGGUGCUGCAGACUGUGAGCAUGGCUCUGACGAGGAGGGCUGUGGGCCCCUGCCUGUGGACACUGGCAGAGGCCAUUCCACAGCCAGGACCCCAACCUUCUCCACCCAGCCGGGACCACUGCCUCCCCAGCCUAGUGAGGGUCUGGCAGAGACUGACCGCUGGCAUCCCAAGCAGGGUUUGUCCAUGCCCCCCACAGAGAAGAGGCCAGUGAGCCCUGCCCCCGCCUCCAAAGCUCCUCACCCAAGUUCUGGGGAAUCCGUGCAGACAGGGAGCAACACUCCCACAUUCCAUGCUGGGUUUCAAAGCCUGACACCGGGAAUGGCAGCCACAACAGUGCUCCCCACACACCCCAUGAUUCCGAUGACCCCUGCUGGCCAGAGAGUUGCCCCCAGCCCCUUCCCGCCUGUGCGAUGCAGCCCCGGGCAGCUGCCCUGCAAGGUGCUGGGCUGCGUGGAGCCGGAGCAGCUGUGUGAUGGGAAGGAGGACUGCCUGGACGGCGAUGACGAGCGGCACUGCGCAAGUCCUAUGCCCUUCAUGGUGCCCACCACAGUCCUGCCUGGACUGCCAGCCUCCAGGACUCUCUGCUCCCAGAGCCAGCUGAGCUGUGGCAGCGGGGAGUGCCUGCCCACUGAGCGGCGCUGUGACCUGCGGCCCGACUGCCAGGAUGGCUCGGACGAGGACGGCUGUGUGGACUGUGUGCUGGCACCCUGGUCUGGCUGGAGUGGCUGCAGCCGCAGCUGUGGCCUGGGCCUCACCUUCCAGCGCCGGGAGCUGCUGCGGCCUCCCCUGCCUGGGGGCAGCUGCCCCCUGGACCAGCUCCGCCGCCAGCCCUGCUUUGUGCAGGCCUGCCCAGUGGCUGGGGCAUGGGCGGAGUGGGAGACCUGGGGACCUUGCAGUGUCUCCUGUGGGGGCGGCCAUCAGAGUCGCCAGAGGAGCUGCAUGGAUCCACCACCCAAGAACGGCGGUGCACCCUGCCCUGGGGCCUCCUGGGAAAGGGCCCCCUGUGGCUUGCAGCCCUGCACUGGUGACACAGAUUGCGGGCUGGGCCGUGUGCAUGUGAAUGCUGAGCUGUGCCAGAAGGGGCUGGUGCCCCCAUGCCCACCCUCCUGCCUGGAUCCCGAGACCAACGGCAGCUGCACUGGGCCCUGUGUGGAGGGAUGCCGCUGUCCCCCGGGGCUCCUCCUCCAUGACUCUCGCUGCCUGCCCCUCUCUGAGUGCCCCUGCCUUGUGGGUGAAGAGCUGAAGCCUCCAGGGAUGUCCUUCCUCCUGGACAACUGCAGCCAAUGCAUAUGUGAGAGGGGCACUCUGGUGUGCGAGCCAGGGGCCUGCCCACAGCCCUGCGGCUGGUCGGCCUGGUCCUCCUGGACUCCCUGCGACCGCUCCUGUGGCUCUGGAGUGAGGGCCAGGUUCAGGUCUCCCUCCAACCCUCCUGCGGCUUUUGGAGGUGCCCCCUGUGAAGGGGACAAGCAGGAACUGCAGGUCUGCCACGUGGAUUGUGGGACAGAGGUGCUGGGCUGGACACCCUGGACAUCUUGGUCCUCCUGCUCCCAGAGCUGCCUUGUCCCUGGAGGAGUCCCUGGCUGGCGACAUCGUUCCCGACUCUGCCCCGGCCUCAGGGAUACCUCCUGCCCAGGAGAGGCCACCCAGGAGGAGCCUUGCAGCCCCCCUGUAUGCCCAGUGCCGAGCAGCUGGGGUGCGUGGGCUUCCUGGUCUGCCUGCUCAGCCCCCUGCAAUGGAGGCAUCCAGAUACGUGGACGCAGCUGCUCUGGCUCGGCUCCUGGAAAUCCCGCAUGUCGGGGACCCCACAGCCAGACCAGGGACUGCAACACACAGCCCUGCACAGCCCAGUGUCCAGAGGACAUGGUGUUCCGCUCAGCAGAGCAGUGUCACCAGGAUGGGGGUCCGUGUCCUCAGCUGUGCCUAGCACAGGACUCUGGGGUGGAGUGCACAGGCUUCUGCACCCCCAGCUGCACCUGCCCACCUGGUCUCUUCCUGCACAACGCUAGCUGCCUGCCCCGCAGCCAGUGCCCCUGCCAGCUGCACGGGAAGCUCUAUGCACCAGGAGCAGUGGCUCGCCUGGACUCCUGCAACAAUUGCACCUGUAUCUCUGGAGAGAUGGCGUGCACCUCAGAGCUCUGUCCAGUGGCUUGUGGCUGGAGUCCUUGGACCCCGUGGAGUCCCUGCAGCCGCAGCUGUGAUGUAGGCAUACGACGGCGCUUCCGGGCAGGCACUUCACCCCCCGCUGCCUUUGGGGGUGCUGAGUGCCAGGGCCCCAACAUAGAGGCUGAAUUCUGCAGCCUGCGGCCAUGUCAAAGUCCUGGUGGGGAGUGGGGUCCCUGGGCUUCCUGCUCCGUGCCCUGUGGUGGCGGCUACAGAAAUCGCACCCGAGGCAGUGGCCCACGAGUCCUCAUGGUGUUCUCUACCUGCAACCUGCAGCCCUGCGCAGGGCCAGUCCCUGGUAUGUGUCCCAGGGGUCAGCUGUGGCUGGAUUGUGCCCAGGGCCCUGCCUCCUGUGCAGAACUCAGUGCUCCGAGAGAGACCAAGCAGACCUGCCACCCUGGCUGCUACUGCCCACACGGGAUGCACCUGCUGAACAAUGUGUGUGUGCCUGCCCAAGCAUGCCCCUGUGCCCACGAGGGGCGCCUCCAUCCCCCCGGUAGUGCUGUGCUUCGUCCAUGUGAGAACUGCUCCUGCAUCUCUGGGCUCAUCACCAACUGUACCUCCUGGCCUUGUGAGGAGGGCCAGCCCACAUGGUCACCCUGGACCCCAUGGAGUGUGUGCUCAGCCUCCUGCGGGCCUGCCCGACGCCACCGGCAUCGCUUCUGUGACAGGCCCUCUAGCGUGGCACCGUCCACUCUGGCCCUGGGGCCCUCACCAGCCACACCCACACCCCUCUGCCCAGGCCCGGAGGCUGAGGAGGAGCCCUGCCUCCUGCCAGGGUGUGACCGGGCAGGAGGCUGGGGGCCUUGGGGGCCCUGGUCCAGCUGUAGUCGGAGCUGUGGGGGCGGCCUGCGCAGCCGGACCCGAGCCUGUGACCAACCACCACCUCAAGGGCUGGGGGACUUCUGUGAGGGGCCUCAGGCCCAGGGAGAAGCCUGCCAGGCUCAGCCGUGCCCAGUGACUGACUGCACUGCCAUUGAGGGGGCCCAGUACAGCCCUUGCGGCCCUCCCUGCCCCCGCUCCUGUGAUGACCUGGUGCACUGUGUGUGGCACUGCCAGCCUGGCUGCUACUGUCCCCCAGGCCAAGUGCUGAGUGCUGAUGGGACCCUCUGUGUGCAUCCUGGUCACUGUGGCUGCCUGGACUUGCUGACCGGGGAGCGGCACCGUCCAGGCGCUCAGCUGGCAAGGCCCGACGGCUGCAACCACUGCACCUGCCUGGAGGGGAGGCUCAACUGCUCAGAACUGCCCUGCCCAGUGCCUGGAGGCUGGUGCCCGUGGUCAGAGUGGACGGCAUGCUUCCAGCCCUGCAGAGGCCAAACAAGGACCCGCUCUAGGGCCUGUGCCUGCCCUGCUCCUCAGCAUGGGGGUGCCCUGUGCCCUGGAGAGAUGGGAGCCCAGCAUCAGAGGGAGACCUGUCCCAGCUCCACCACGUGCCCAGUGGAUGGAGCCUGGAGCCCAUGGGGACCAUGGUCUCCCUGUGACGCAUGUCUAGGACAAUCCCAUAGGAGCAGGGAGUGCAGCCAGCCCCCCACCUCUGAGGGUGGCAGGCCUUGCCCUGGCGUCCACUGGCAGAGCCGCCCCUGUCACGACAAUUCCACUCAGUGCGCAGAUUGUGGGGGUGGCCAGAGUCUGCUGCCCUGUGGGCAGCCCUGCCCCCGCUCCUGCCUGGACCUGUCCCCUGGGAGUGUGUGCCAGCCAGGCCCAGGAGGCUGCCAGCCCAGCUGUGGGUGUCCCCCAGGCCAGCUCUCCCAGGAUGGGCUCUGUGUGCUUCCAGUCCACUGCCGCUGCCAGUACCAGCCGGGAGCCAUGGGGAUCCCUGAGAAUCAGAGCCGGUCAGCAGGCUCUGGCCUCAGCUCCUGGGAGAGUCUGGAACCUGGAGAGGUGGUAACGGGGCCGUGUAACAACUGCACCUGUGUGGCGGGCAUCCUGCAGUGCUGGGAGGUGCCCAGCUGCCCUGGGGCUGGUGUGUGGGGCCCCUGGGGCCCCUGGGAGGACUGCAGUGUUUCCUGUGGAGGAGGGGAGCAGCUGCGCUCCCGGCACUGUGCCCGACCCCCCUGCCCAGGACUGGCCCGCCAGAGCCGCACCUGCCACACCCAGGUCUGCAGAGAGGCAGGGUGCCCAGCUGGACGUCUGUACCGCGAAUGCCUGCCCAAUGGAGGAUGCCCCUUCUCCUGUGCCCACGUCGCAGGGCGGGUGGCCUGCUUCUCUGAUGGCUGUGAGGAGGGAUGCCACUGUCCUGAGGGUACCUUCCAGCACGGCUUGGCCUGUGUCCAGGAGUGCCCCUGCAUGCUGACAGCCUUGCUGCUUCGGGAGCUGGGAGCCAGCAGCACUGAUGCUGGGGUGCACGCAGCCUCUCUGGGAGAGGAGGGUCAGCCCCUCAGGCCCGGAGAUGAGCUGAGUCCAGGCCAAAUGUUUCGAAUGGGCUGCAGCAACUGCUCCUGUGCCCACGGGAAGCUGUCUUGCUCCAUAGAGGACUGCCCUGAGGCCCCCAGCUUCAGCCCGUGGGACCCGUGGGGCCCCUGCUCCCGCUCCUGUGGCGGCCUGGGCACCCGCACACGCAGCCGCCAGUGUGUGCACCCCGCACUUGCUACUGGUGGCCAGGGCUGCCAAGGGCCCCGCCAGGACCUCGAGUACUGCCUCAGCCCGGACUGCUCUGGGGCUGAAGGGUCCACGGCAGAGCCAGUGACAGGCCUUCCAGGUGGCUGGGGCCCCUGGGCGCCGUGGUCCCCCUGCUCCCGCAGCUGCACGGACCCCACUCACCCUGCCUGGCGCAGUCGGACCCGCCUCUGCCUGACCAACUGCACUGUGGGGCGCCCCUCCCAGGAGCGCCCCUGCAACCUGCCCUCGUGCACAGAGUUGCAGCCCCUGUGCUCCAGCCCUGGCUGUGGGCCUGGGAACUGUUCCUGGACCUCCUGGGGCCCAUGGGAACCGUGCUCGCGCAGCUGCGGGGUGGGCCAACAGCACCGCCUACGAGCAUACCGUCCCCCAGGGCCGGGUGGACACUGGUGCCCCGACAUCCUCACGGCUUUCCAGGAGCGUCGCUUCUGCAGCCUGCGUGCUUGCCCAGUGCCUGGGGGCUGGUCGCGCUGGAGCCCCUGGUCCUGGUGUGACCGGAGCUGUGGUGGGGGCCAAUCCCUGAGGAGCCGAAGCUGCUCGAGCCCCCCACCCAAGAAUGGGGGUGCCCCCUGUGUGGGGGAGAAGCACCAUGCCCGGCUCUGCAAUCCCAUGCCCUGUGAGGAGGGCUGCCCAGCAGGCAUGGAGCUGGUCAGCUGUGCCAACCGCUGUCCUCGCCGCUGCUCAGACCUGCAGGAGGGAGUCCUGUGUCAGGAUGGCCAGGCCUGCCAGUGGGGCUGCCGCUGUGCUGAGGGGUCCCUAGAGCAGGACAGCAGCUGUGUGCCAGUUGGGCACUGUGAGUGUACAGAUGCCCAGGGCCACAGCUGGGCCCCAGGGAGCCAGCACCAAGAUGCCUGUAACAACUGCUCCUGCCAGGCCGGGCAGCUGUCCUGCACAGCUCAGCCGUGCCCACCUCCUGCCCACUGUGCCUGGAGCCGCUGGUCAGCCUGGAGUCCCUGCAGCCACUCAUGUGGGCCAAGAGGACUGCAGAGUCGCUUUCGAUCGUCCACAUCAGGCUCGUGGGCCCCGGAGUGUCAAGAGGAGCAGUCCCAGAGCCAGCCCUGCCCUCAGCCUCCGUGCCCACCCCUGUGCCUCCAUGAGGGCCGUGUCCACACCCUGGGGGACAGCUGGCUGCAGGGAGGGUGCCAGCAGUGCUCCUGUACCCCGGAGGGCAUAAUCUGUGAAGACACCAAGUGUCCAGGGAGCUGGACGCUGUGGUCCCUGUGGUCCGACUGCCCUGUCUCUUGUGGAGGAGGAAACCAGGUGCGCACCCGGGCAUGCGUGGUGCCGGACCCUCACCACAGGGAGCCGCUCUGCCAGGGCCCUGACACCCAGACCCAGCCCUGUGGGCAGCAGCCAUGCCAGCCGCUGCUGGAGGCCUGCUCCUGGGGCCCAUGGGGCCCCUGUUCGCGCAGCUGUGGCUCAGGCCUGGCCUCCCGCUCUGGGUCUUGCCCCUGCCUGCCGGCCGAGGCAGAGCCCACAUGCAACGGCACUUUCCCACACCUGGACACCCAGGCCUGCUACGCGGGGCCCUGCCUGGAGGAAUGCCUGUGGAGUGGCUGGAGCAGCUGGACGCGCUGCUCAUGCCAGGUGCUGGUGCAGCAGCGCUACCGGCACCAGGGCCCAGCACCUGGCGGCACGGCAGAGGGCCCCCCCUGCACCCGCCUGGAUGGCCACUUCCGGCCAUGCCCGACUGGCAACUGCUCAGAGGACAGCUGCACACCUCCCUUUGAGUUCCAGGCCUGCGGCUCCCCCUGCGCCGGGCUCUGUGCCACACACCUGAGCCGGCAGCUCUGCCAGGACUUACCGGCUUGCCAGCCUGGCUGCUACUGCCCCAAGGGGCUGCUGGAGCAGGCUGGGGCCUGCAUUCCCCCCGAGCAAUGUAACUGCUGGCACAUCUCAGAAGAGGGAGCUGAGGUGACACUGGCCCCUGGGGACCACCUGCAGCUGGGGUGUAAGGAGUGCGAAUGCUGGCACGGAGAACUGCGCUGCACCAGCGGGGGCUGUGCAGGGCUUCUGCCUCUGAGCAGCUGGUCCGAAUGGUCACCCUGUGGGCCCUGCCUGCCCCGAAGUGCCCUGACCCGUACGUCCAGGACUACCCUGGAGGAGCACUGGCCUCCGAACACAACAGGCCUCUGGCCACCCUCGACAUCCCUGCUGGUUUCGGAGCAGCACCGCCACCGCCUGUGUUUGGAUCCUGAGACAGGGAGGCCCUGGGCUGGGGACCCUCAGCUCUGCACUGCACCCCUUAACCAGCAACGCCUCUGCCCUGACCCCGAAGCCUGUCAAGACUCAUGCCAGUGGAACCCUUGGGGACCCUGGAGCCCCUGCCAGGUGCCCUGCAGUGGAGGCUUCCGAAUGCGCUGGAGAGAGGCAGGGGGCCUCCCUGGAGGAGCCUGCCGUGGGCCAUGGGCUCAGACCCAGAGCUGCAAUAUGGGGCCCUGCCCAGGAAAAAGCUGUGAGGCUAAGGACACUGUGCCCACCCUUGAAUGUGCCAAUCAAUGCCCUCGAAGCUGCAUGGACCUCUGGGACCGAGUGCAAUGUCUGCAGGGACCCUGCAGUCCAGGCUGCCGCUGUCCUCCUGGCCAGCUGGUGCAGGAUGGGCACUGUGUGCCCAUCUCCUCUUGCCGCUGUGGCCUUCCCAGUGCCAAUGCCUCUUGGGAGCUGGCCCCAGCCCAGGUGGUGCAACUGGACUGCCACAACUGCACCUGCAUCAAUGGGUCUUUAGUGUGCCCACACCUUGAGUGUCCAACCUUGGGGCCUUGGUCAGCCUGGAGCAAGUGCUCAGUUGCCUGUGGUGGGGGCACCAUGGACCGUCAUCGGAGCUGCAAGGAACAUCCUCAGGGGGCACUAUGCCAGGCCCAGGACAUGAAACAACAGCAAGACUGUAACCUGCAGCCCUGCCCUGAGUGCCCCUCGGGCCAGGUGUUCAGUGCCUGUGCUGCGUCAUGCCCAAGCCUCUGCUCACACCUGCAACCUGGCACCAUCUGUACGCAGGAACCCUGCCAACCGGGCUGUGGCUGCCCCAGGGGACAGCUGCUGCACAAUGGCACGUGCGUGCCCCCUGCUGCCUGUCCCUGCACUCAGCUCUUGCUGCCCUGGGGCCUCACCCUCACUCUUGAAGAGCAGGCUCAGGAGCUGCCCCCGGGGGCUGUGCUCACCAGAAACUGCACCCGCUGUACCUGCCAAGAUGGAGCCUUCAGCUGCUCCCCCAUCGACUGUCAGGAGUGCCCCCCUGGGGAAAUGUGGCAGCACGUGGGUCCUGAAGAGCUGGGUCCCUGUGAGUGGACAUGCCAGGAGACAAACACCACAGCAGCUCAGGGCAACUGCAGUGCUGUCCAGACCCCGGGAUGCAUAUGCCAGGAAGGGUACUUCCGUAGCCAGGCGGGCCCCUGCGUCCCCGCAGACCAGUGUGAAUGCUGGCACCACGGGCAUCUCCACCUGCUUGGAUCUGAAUGGCAGGAGGACUGUGAGAGCUGCCAAUGCCUCCGCGGGAGGAGCGUCUGCACCCGGCACUGCCCCCUCCUCAACUGUGCUCAGGACGAGGUGACUGUGCAGGAGCCAGGGAGCUGCUGUCCCACUUGCCGCAGGGAGACCCUGGAGGCACAGUCAGCCUCCUGCCGGCAUCUCACUGAGCUUCGUAACCUCACCAAGGGCCCCUGCCAUCUGGACCAGGUAGAAGUGAGCUACUGCAGUGGGCACUGCCCAUCUAGCACCAACGUCAUGCCUGAGGAGCCCUACCUGCAGAGCCAGUGCGACUGCUGUAGUUACCGCCUGGACCCCGACAGCCCUGUAAGGAUCCUGAACCUGCAAUGUCCAGAUGGCCGCACCGAGCCAGUGGUGCUGCCGGUUAUCAACAGUUGCCAGUGCAGCGCCUGCCAAGCAGGUGAUUUCUCAAAGCGCUGACAGAUUCCACCAGAUGCGUCCACUGCUGUCCCUCUUAUGACAUUUGGACUCAGAGGCACUGAUCAUCUCCUCCCAUGCCCAUCCAUCCCCCAUUCUCCCAAAUAAAAUCACACUGG